AUGUGUCACACCAGCUGCUCUUCAGGGUGCCAGCCAUCCUGCUGUGUGUCCAGUUCCUGCCAGCCAUCCUGUUGUGUGUCUAGUCCCUGCCAGGCAUCCUGCUUUGCCUGCUGUGUGCCUGUGAGCUGCAGGCCCACUGUGUGCAUGGCUCCCUCCUGCCAGUCUUCUGUGUGUGUGCCUGUGAGCUGCCGGCCUGUCUGUGUGACCUCCUCCUGUCAGUCAUCUGGAUGCUGCCAGCCCUCCUGCCCCACUCUGGUCUGCAAGCCUGUCACCUUUUGCAACCCCUCUUGCUGUUGA